AUGAGCGCGGAUGUGAGCGCGUCAACUCCGGAGGCAGAGCAGCAGCAGCAGCCGCCGCCUCCAACGUUCUUUGAGUCAAAAACGUUUCGUUUAAUCUCCAUUGCAAUCUAUUUGAGCGGCAUCAGUGGUCUGGGCAUGAUGCUGGCCCUCUACUAUCUCAGCUUCUUUGAUUCGCGCAUGCCGGAAAUUCAUUUCAAGUUUCCCGUCUCCAUUGGCGGACAGCCCGUGCAGAAAGUGCACGAGUACCAGUAAAGCACCCACAGAAAAACGUAAAGAAAAGAAAAAAAAAACACACAGACGGACGGACGCACAGACGGACCGACAGACACUUGCAUUGUCUAAUUGGAUUUAGGAAUGCGCAUUGAACACACUGCGGGCAGUAAAAAUUGGCAUAGCUGCCAAAUAAAUUA